AGCAAUCUGUCUUGUCUCUGCAGGCCUGAAAAUCCGUGAAGUGAUGAUCAACGUUUCACGUCAGCAGGUGGAGGACUUUCAUGGCCCGGAGGAUUACUGGUGUUUGUGCGUGGCCUGGAGUCACCUGGGAACCUCCAAGAGCCGCAAGGCAACCGUCCGCAUUGCCUACUUGAGGAAGAACUUCGAGCAGGACCCUCAAGGCACCGAGGUGCCUCUGAAUGGCAUGAUCGCGCUGCACUGCCGUCCCCCAGAGGGAGUGCCUGUGGCUGAGGUGGAAUGGUUGAAAAACGAGGAGCCUUUGAGCUUGGAUGGCGAUGGUGCCACUGAUAAAAGAGCUGACCAUAAUGUCAUCAUCUCGGAAGCUCGUCUCUCUGACUCUGGAAACUAUACCUGCGUUGCCAGCAACAUUGUGGCCAAGAGACGCAGUGCUACAGCAACGGUUGUAGUGUUCGUGAAUGGCGGCUGGUCAUCGUGGACAGACUGGUCCCCGUGUAACGUCCGUUGUGGCCGAGGUGUGCAGAAACGCUCUCGUACGUGCACAAACCCGGCUCCUCUAAACGGAGGGGCCUUCUGUGAGGGCAUGUCAGUGCAGAAGAGUACAUGCAACACAGUUUGUCCAGUGGACGGCGGCUGGGGGGAGUGGAGUGAGUGGUCUUUGUGCAGUCCGGCCUGCGAGAGGCAGCGCAGCAGAGAGUGCACGGCUCCUGAACCCAAGCACGGAGGUAGACUGUGUGACGGAGUGGCAGUGGGCACGGAAAACUGCACCGGAGCCUCCUGUACGCAGAAUCGGAAGCUGCUCCAUGAUGCAAAGCCGCAGGGUGUGGAGAGCACCAGCGAUGUGGCGCUGUAUUCGGGCCUGGCUGCUGGGGUUGUGACUGUGGUGCUGCUGAUCGUCGCUGUGACGCUUUACCGGCGGAACCAGAGCGAGUACGGGGUAGAUGUUAUCGACUCCUCCGCCCUCACCGGGGGCUUCCAGUCUUUCAGCUUCAAGACCUCACGUCAAGCAAACCCAUUGCUUAUUAAUUCAUCCAUGCAACCUGAUCUGACAGUGUCGCGUACCUACACCAGCCCCAUGUGUUUCCAAGACUCCAUUGACAAGGAGAUAAUGGCUGAAUGCUCACUUCUUGAUCCGCUGCCUGAACUUAAGGCCAAAGGGGCAUCGGAAAGGGCAGAGUACCACGUCAUGUCCCACCCUCAGACAUUUCCGCGGGGCUUGGCUCCGGACUACAGAGGGGUUGCAGUGGGGACAACACUGGGCAGAAGAGGAAAAAACCUUUUCACGCCCCAAGUUUAUUCAACUGCCAGCCGGCCGCUUCACAAAGCAACGGCUGUGUUUGGCCGUGCUGGAGGCAGGCUGGUGGUCCCCAAUACAGGCAUUAGUCUGCUGGUGCCUCACGGGGGGAUUGCAGAAGACACUACCUGGGAAAUGUAUAUGAGCAUCAGCCAGGAGGACAGCAGCGCUGUGUCCGAGGACGGGUCAGAGAUCUUUCUGAGCCCUGCGGUCAUGUAUGGCCCACCAGGCCUCAACCUGUCCUGUCCAGUUGCCAUGACCAUCUCACAUUGUGCAGAAGUGGCUGCAGACAACUGGACCAUCCGUUUAAGGAGACAAACCCAGGACAACAAGUGGGAGGACGUGAUAUCUGUGGAUGAGGAGAGCACUUCCUGCUACUGUCUACUGGAGGCCCAGCGGUGCCACGUGCUGCUGGGACAGCCGGGUCGCUACGCACUGGUGGGAGAGCCCCUGAACCAGGAGGCGGCCAAGCGGCUGAGACUGGCUGUGUUUGGGAGUCCAGAUACGAGUAACGCUCUGGGCUUCACCCUCAGGGUGUACUGUGUGGACGACACCCCCCAUGCAUUUCAGGAGGUGGCUGUGGGGGAGCGCAGCAGGGGCGGGCGGCUGCUGGAGGAACCUAAAAUGAUGCUGUUUAGGGGAAACUCUUUCAGCCUCCAGGUGUCCAUCCAGGAUGUUCCACAGUUACUCUGGAGCAUCAAGCCUUUCACCACCUGCCAGGAGUUCUCCUUUUCUCAGGUGUGGGCCAGUAACCAGCAUCCCCUGCAGUGUGCCUUCUCUUUGGAGCGAUAUAGCCACUCCUCGUCUCAGCUCUCCUGCAAGAUCAGCAUCCGACAGGUCACGGGAGAAGAGCAGAUACUCCAGAUCUAUACGUCUGUAGUGGAGAAGGAAAAGGGAGUGGUUCCUUUUUUCACACAGUCGGACUGUACCAUCACCUCUCAGACAGGAUCACGGGCCUUUAAAAUCCCCCUGUCCAUCCGUCAACGCAUCAGCGCCACUUUUGACAUUGCGAACGCCAACGGAAAGGACUGGCAGCUCUUGGCUCAAAAGCUCCACAUAGACAGGAACCUGUGCUACUUCGCAUGUCAGGACAGCCCAUCCUCAGUGAUUCUGAGUCUGUGGGAAGCCCAGCACCAGGACUCUGGGGAUCUGGACUCUCUGGCCAGCGCUCUAGAGGAAAUCGGCAAAGUCCAGUCCCCCAGGGGAAACACCACUCUUGACUACAGGAAAGAGGACUCUGAAUUCACAAAGCUUGGGUAG